CUAAAAAAGCACAAACAGCAUUUUCCAAAUCAUUGCAACUAAAAAUUUCAACCAUGAAAGUCCUGAUCCUUGCCAUUUUAGGGCUAGAACUAGCCCAUACUUUGUCCUACCCUGGAACAGAAACUCGUCCAAUUCUGUCCAAAUCAGAAGCCAGCAAUUACACGAAAGAAAACUAUUUUGCUGGCUGGCAACCUGAGGAAAUUAUCAUUCCUGAAAAUCCGGAUUACGUUGUGCAACAAGGACAGUCUAUCCAGGCUGUAGUUAAUAAGGCUAUCGAGCAGGGAAAUCCCGCUUAUAGAACUUACAUUAAAAUUGAGCCUGGACGUUACAUGGAAACAGUCUACAUCAAAAGCAACAUCCCACUAACCAUCUACGGUUCAGGCAAAUCUGCAGAAGAUGUCCACAUAAUGGCCACCUUGAGCGCCAAAACAUCAACCUCAGAUUAUAUAGCUACAGUAAAUCCGAAUGGCGAACGUUACAAAGAAGGCGAGCCAGCUUGGGGCCUUUACAAUUCCUGCGCCACAAAACAUGGAGGCGUCAUUGGUACCAACUGUACUGCAGUGGUUUGGGUGGAAAGUGACAAUUUUCAAUUGCAAGGUGUUACUGUACAUAAUGGCGCUACCGACGCUCAGGCUGUUGCUCUAAGAACGGCAGCUGAUAAGAUUCAUCUAAUGGGCAACAACUUCAAAAGCUACCAAGACACCCUAGCUCUAGGAAUAGACUCGGCUGAUAGUCUCAAAACCGAAAGAGUCAUGGUCCACAUGUGCUACAUAGAAGGCCAAAUCGACUAUGUUUUUGGUGCUGCCUCAGCUGUCUUUGAUAUGACUACAUUCUAUACUGUAGCAACUAAUAAAACUGCUAGCGCUAUAAUUCUAGCACCUGAUACUCCUCCAGAACGUUCUUAUGGUUUUCUAGUGAUUAAUAGCAUCAUUACUGGGGAUUCUAGCUAUAGAAAUAAAGUUAAGUUAGCUAGGUCUUGGGACCAUGGAGUAGCUAGUGCUGAUUUGUAUACACCCGGAGUGUCUGCUAAUGGACAAUUGGUUGUUAGAGAUUCAAAUAUCGAUAGUGUUAUAGAUGUGCUGGCACCUUAUGGAGCUGCGGCUACUAGUCAUAGGGAGUUCACCACUGAUAUCAAUGUUGAUAGGGAUUUGAACGAUAAUAAUCAUAAUAGAUUAUGGGAGUUUAAUAAUAGUGGAGAUGGAGCAUAAAAAUUUAGAUACCUUAUAAAGAAAUCAAAUAUAUUAAAUUAAAAAAAAAACGAAUUUGUCCUUAAAAUACCUAUCUGAUAGUCUGCAUUAAUA